AGUACGGAGGGGCCCGGAAGUGGCGGCUGCGGGGGGUGGCGGCGCUGGGGGUUUGGGAACGCAGUUGCUGCUGUCCACACUCGACCAUGGACUCGCGCUUCACCCGUGGGAAGUCAGCCAUCUUGGAGCGCUCCCUGACCCGCCCCAAGACAGAGGUGAGCCUAAGUGCUUUCUCUCUGCUCUUCUCUGAGAUUGUCCAGUACUGCCAGAACCGGGUCUACUCAGUCUCUGAGCUCCAGAACAAGCUCUCAGAGCUGGGCCAGCAGGUGGGCGCCCGCAUCCUGGAUGUGCUGGUAAUGCGGGAGAAGAACGGCAAGCGGGAGACCAAGGUGAUUAACAUCCUGCUCUUCGUCAAGGGGCCUGUGUGGAAGGCCCUGUUUGGGCGCGAGGCCGACAAGCUGGAGCAGGCCAAUGAUGACGACAAGACCUACUACAUCAUUGAGAAGGAGCCCCUCAUCAACACCUACAUCUCAGUGCCGAGGGAGAACAGCACCCUCAACUGCGCCUCCUUCACAGCUGGCAUUGUGGAGGCUGUGCUCACCUGCAGCGGCUUCCCUGCCAAGGUCACGGCCCACUGGCACAAGGGCACUACCCUCAUGAUCAAGUUUGACGAAGCUGUCAUUGCCCGAGACAAAGCCCUUGAUGGCCGUUGACCUUAGGGGGGCUGGGGGGGGAGUGUGACCAGCAUAGUUUCCUUGUACAUAGUCUUCUCAAAGAUUUAUGCUGGGAAUUAUGUCCCUCCAGGUUUGCUGUACCUUGUCUGUGAAUGGGAAUGAGCGCUGGAGACAGGGGCAGGGCCUGGGCCCAGCUGCAAAGGGAACUGAUCUCUCUCUUUCUCUCUCUGGUUUAAAGCAAGAGUGUCAAGGGGGUGGGCCAGGGCCCAGGGAUGAGUGGUGACUAUUAACCCCUGCAUUGCUGCCGCUCACCCCACAGCUAGAGGUGGACCUAGAUCCUACCUUGGGGACCCAACCAGCCUGACACCUUGCUUUAAAUGCUUCCUUAUGUGUUUUCCCUCUGUCCCCCUGUCCUCACUCAGCCCUUGACCUGUGCUGAGGGGGUUGGUAGGCAAGAGAGGCCCAGCCCCCUCCUCUUGCCACAGAUGGGACCCUUCUUCUACUGUAAUAACCUGCAGGGAACCCUCAAAUUGGAGCAGCCACUGUGAGGGAGAAGGCUUUGGGGCUGACAACAGGAAGAGCCAAAUGUGGGCAGGACACUUAAUGAAAAGCCCAUUGGUAUAGUCCAAGUGGACUGGGCAAUAAUAAGGGGACUCUGGUUGGACUGUACCUACUGGCUCUUUAUUAACUACCAUGCCCACACAUGGGGCUUCCUGGUGUUGCCCUCAAAAUUGUCCCACCCUUGCAACACCUGCUCCAGCCCAGGAGAUCCUGGCAACUUGUUACAUCCAUCCCCACCUGCCUGGCCCUAGUAUAGAGGAUGAGAGAGCUCUGUUUUUGGCUGAGGAUAUAUCCCUGGUCUCCCCCUUUCUCCCUCCUGUGGCAUGAGCUGCUUGUGUGUCUGAGAUGCAGGAACCCCAGCAGUUGCCCCGCCAAUUAGGAGCCCAGCAGGGAAGGGCUGGACCUGGGAAAAGAGCCCAGCAGCCUGUGAGACCUCUAUUAGGGCAACAAGCCUUUGCGCUCCAAGCUAUAAGCUCACAUGGUUUUUGAAGUGUGUAUAUUUCUUUUAAUUAACCUUUGGCUGUUCAACUGGAAUAAAGCAUUCCCAAAUCCU